AUGGAAGAUCCAAAGGAGAACAAGAACUCGCCAUGGCUAUCAGUACCACAGUUUGGAGAUUGGGAUCAGAAAGGAGGAGCAAUCCCUGAUUACUCAAUGGAUUUCACAAAGAUCAGAGAGAUGAGGAAACUAAACAAGAGAGAUCCUUCUCGAGCCAGUCUUGGCAACGAGGAAGACCUCAUUAACCCUUUUCAUAAUCAACCCACUUCGGUUGAUACUACUACUAAGCCUAAGCUCACGACGAUUCACAGCGAUAACAACAACCACAAUGAGUUUUCUCACCAUCGCCCACAUUCUCCAUCUGUAAGACUGCUUACUUACUUCUUUUCAAUCUUAAAGAUUCAUUUUUUCGAUGUGGCUCUAACUGAAUUGAGUGAUUGCUUGUGUUCUGGAUUAGCCAUGUCCCAUUGA